CUCACACACACACACACACACACACACACACACUCUCUCUCUCUCUCUCCUAUUCUCUUCCAUUCUCGCUCCAGCCUAUUACCGUCCACGCACAUCAUCCCAUACUCCACCUUGCUCUCAAUUCACAAUGGUUCUCAACACGGCCCUCACCCGGGAUCUGGGGCUGCGCAUUCCCGUCGUCCAGGGCGGCAUGCAGUGGGUCGGCUUGCCCAAGCUCGUUGCGGCCGUUUCCAAUGCAGGUGGUCUUGGAGUCAUCACUGCCCUCACACAGCCGUCGCCCGAUGCGCUCAGGGAAGCCGUCAAGCACACCCGCUCCAUGAUCAGGCCCGACGUGGCCAAGAGGAGCAAGCUCGGAGCCUUUGGCGUCAAUCUGACCCUAUUGCCCUCCAUUAACCCUCCAGACUACGAGGGGUACUGCCGAGCAGCUCUUGAAGAAGGUGUACGCAUCUUUGAGACGGCCGGAAACAAUCCUGGCCCGAUUAUCAAGCUCGUCAAAGAACAUGGCGGCUAUGUGAUUCACAAGUGCACGACGGUGCGCCAUGCGAAAAGCGCACAGAAGAUGGGAGCCGACAUGCUUUCUAUUGACGGCUUCGAAUGCGCAGGCCAUCCAGGCGAAGACGACAUUGGUGGAUUGGUGCUCAUGGCGCGCGCCGCAGAAGACCUCAGCAUUCCCUUUAUCGCAUCUGGCGGUAUCGCCAAUGGCCAGGGGUUGGCCGCAAGUCUUGCCCUCGGGGCACAGGGAGCCAAUAUGGGAACGCGGUUCAUGGCAACAAAGGAAGCCGAGAUUCACGACAACGUCAAGCAGGUCAUGGUCAAGAGUGACGAACGCAAUACCACACACAUCUUCCGUACGCUUCGCAACACAGCCAGGGUGUUCAAAAACAAAGUCGCCGUCGAAGUAGUAGAGAAGGAAUCGAAGGGAGCCCAAUUUAAAGACAUACAGCCCCUGGUGUCAGGGCAGCGUGGCAAGCAAGUCUACAUCAAUGGUGACAUCGAUGCAGGCAUCUGGACCUGUGGCAUCUCAGUAGGCCUAAUCCACGAUAUUCCAACGUGCGAGGAACUCCUCAAGACAAUCGAGAGGGACGCGGAGGACCACAUCAAUCGAUUGGCUGGCCUUUGCUCCAGUACAACGAGCAGCUCGCAAGGACGGCAAUCGCGUCUUUAAUUCGAGCUACGUCUUACCACACCCUCUCCAGGUGUAAAUGGUCGUAUAGUAAUGAUGUUCGUUCCACCCAUCGAUACUAAGGCAGCCGUUGAGGACCCUGCCGGUUGACUGAACGUAGUGUGCCCGAGGCUUUCGUGCUUGCUCGAAACGGUCGAGCGCCUCUUCGAGACCCAAGUGAGAUAUGAAGUGU